UGUUUCGGCGCUUAAACCCUACCCAAAAGCCUGCCUGCGAAGCUCUCUCCGAAACCGCCAUCUCCACCUCCAAUGGCGACCGCCCGCUCCCUCCGGCGCCUGAUCGGAACCCUAGCAGACCCGCCGCCGCGUCUUCCGGCACCUCCGACGCAGCGGCGGCGGUGGCAGCAGGAGCAUCGGUUCCUUCAUCACUCGUCCUCCUCUCGCGUGUCGCCGUCGGGGAGGCACGCGGCGGCACCGCCGCCUCCCGGAGGCGCCCCUCGAGCGCCCUCUCGGACCUACAUCUCGGACAUGCGCAAGUCCGCCUUCGAGGGCAACAUCCUCCGGCUCCUCCGGAACGAGAUUCAGUUCGAGCUCGAACGCGCGCCCCCCGCCAAGCCAGUGGAUAGAUUUGGGCCCUUCAGUGUUGAUGACCGGCCAGGAGAGCAAUGGAUUAGAUUGAAAAGAAAAUUUGGGGAGAAUGAAGAUAUCAACAUUGAAGCCACCAUGUUUGAUGGAUCUAUUCCUACCUCAAAAACUGCUGGCGGCCUUGGAGAAGAUGUAGAACUCCAUAUUUCUUUCAUAGUCAAUAUCACGAAGGAUAAAGGCAGUAAUGUCCUGGAGAUCAUGUGCUCUGCUUGGCCCGAUAGUAUUGAGAUAAGCAAACUUGUUGUCCAUGGUUGUCAAAGAAUGCCAUCUGGCUUGUAUACUGGUCCUGGAUUCAAGGAAUUGGAUGAUGAGUUGCAGGAUGCACUUUAUGAUUUCCUGGAAGAGAGAGGAGUAGAUGAGGAACUUGCGGUUUUCUUGCAUCAGUACAUGGCGAAUAAAGAUAAAACCGAGUUUAUCAGGUGGAUGGAUACUGUGAAACAUUUUGUUGAGAAAAAAAUAACAUGAUCAGAUAUUGUCUGAUGGACACGGUUCAUAUAAUAUUCAGUCAUGAUCUUAUCGGUGGGUAUCAGUCUUUACAGCGUUCAGUGAUCGAUGCAACAGUUGGGUGAGUACAUGGAUACAUCAAGCAGCAAAGUUGGCUUAGCUCGACAGUUAACUGCUGUGUGUUUAAAGUUUUCCUUGGGGCUUUCCAUCUAUGCCAGAAGAACUUGAUAAAGGAUUGGGACGUUUUGAGAAGUAUCAGGUUGGACUGUAAUGUGUUGAGAUCUAGUCAUGAGGAAAUAAUUCCAUUGGAUUCUCUUGGUCCUGACAUAGAGAGCUCGUCUUUGAUUGGACUGAGGAUGCGCGGAUAUUAUUGUCUAGACGGUAGUGCUAGGGAGAGAAUAGUAUCAUUCUGCCUUAUCUUGGGAUAUUUCUUUUUAGUUUAGUUUCCCUUAGCAAUGAAGGAAGGAGCAUUCUCCCAAGGAACAUAUGCCUGACAAAAGAGCAAGAGCACAGCCACAGCUUUCACAAGAGCAGCAUCCGAUGUUGACGAUGCUGCUUUUCUUUCUUCUCUUAUCUUAGUUCUUUUCAGGCCUUGGCUUUUCUUUUCUUUAUCAUUGGGAACAUUUGACUAACUCCAAGUGGAUGCUGAAAAGCUAAACAAACCCUUUGCUGGAACUUAAUUCCUAAUUACACCCUUAUUCGGGUAUACUUUUGAA